AUGCCUUUCGAUUCAAGUGCAAGCGCUGGUGGUGAUGGUUCCUCUGCUAUUAAAAAGGGCUUGAUUGCCUUCGGAUUAACAACAGCAACAACGUUAUUGUCCUAUGCUGCAUAUAAAUAUUGGCAUGGAAGUGAAGAUGAAACCACUAAAAAAUCAUCCGCUUCUAAAUCAACGAUACCAAAUUAUUCUCUGAGUAGUGGUGAUGAGAAAAGAUUUGAAUCAUGGAAGACUUUUGAAAACAAAAAACUCGGAAUUUUAUUUAAAUAUCCGCCAACUUAUGAAGCCUCUUUGAUUAAUAGCAGCCAUUUGAGCCAGAUACAGCUUGUUGAUACGGAAAAUCCUCAUUCAUCAGUGGUGAUUUUGAUUAGCGUUGAAGAAAAUAUGAUGAAUUUUGAUGCGCUUGAAUAUUCUGAACAAAAUUUGGAACUCCUAACCCAACAAGCAAUGGGUAAUGUAAACAUUUUGCAAAAACAAGGUUUUUACAGCAAUGGUAAUAAGGGAGUUGAAAUAUUGUUCGACAUUGUUGGAGAGAGUAGCACGAUUAAAGCUUAUAUUGCAAGUAUUUCUCAAGAGUCCAAGUGCUACAUGGUACAGCAUUUAGUGUCGUCAUCUUCUGGAAUUGUAGAAAAUUUUAAUGUCAAUUUAAUACGAGAUAUUAUAAGAAAUUUGCAAAUAUCAAAGCCAACCUAUUUUGGAAAGGCUAUGAUACGCAAGAUGAAUGGCAUGGAGCUUACAUUCCCAUCUCUAUUCUACUCUGUUAGACCUAACAAAGAAACAUUACUAACCAUUGCAAGAUAUCACAAGGAAGAGGUUGUAAAAGAAAUAUCGAUAUUUAACAUGGGAGAAAAAUUCUCAAAAGACUCUUAUUUAAAAAACAUUAAGAAUAUGCACUCGUUAAAGGAAAUACAUGGCUCUAUUAGUGUUUGUGGAGUGAUGGGAGAUGUUAUGACUUACUCUUCUGACAAGGAAAAGCAUAUUGAUGUAGUUGUGAAAUUAGAUAAUGUAUAUUAUUUGAUUGCAUCUCAUUGCAAGGAAGACAUUUUUGAAGACUUUAAAGCAGAAGCUUUAUUAGCAGCAAAGAGCUUAAAAUUUUCUGAAGCAAGACUUAAAGAUGAGAUUCUCUAUGAAAACUCAGAAUACAGAUUCAAGAUUAUUGUGCCUCCGAAUCAAAUCAUCCAUCAAUUCUCGCAUCAGGAGCCUGUAGUGUCUUUCCUUUCCUCUGACGUCUCGAAUGACGAGUUGGAUUAUUCCAAAUUAACCCUUGAAGCGAUGAUUUCUGUAGAAAAUGCUCCAGAAAAUGUUACGAAUAUUGAACAAGUUAAGCAGACAUCAAGAAAAUUAUUGGAAAAUCCAAAAUUCACAAUCUUGAACGAGGAAAUUUCUUCAAUUAAUGGUCAUGAUUGUUAUACAAGUAUUUAUACUCUCUCUAAUGAAGGUAGUUUAGGAUUAACAUUCAUGGUUACUUCAAUCUUGCAUGAAGGAAAAGUAUAUUCAAUUUCAACGUACACUCUUGCCCAAGCAUAUGACCAAGAGGUGGCCAAACUCUUCGAGCGAAUACAUCACAGCUUCCAGUUAUUUUAA